GUUCAGUCUCUCCUCUCUAGUCUUCAAAAACUCCUAGAGCAGCAGCACAAAGAAGAAGAAGAAAAAGCCCUAAUCUUCUCAUUUCCUUGUUAAGAAGAAAAUGACAACAGUACCAGGGUCUUUGAUUUGGGAGAUCAUCAAGAGGAACAACGCUUUCCUCGUCAAAGAGUUUGGAAAUGGAAAUCAAAUGGUUCAGUUCAGUAAAGAACCUAACAAUCUCUACAACGUUAACUCCUUCAAACACUCUGGGUUAGCAAACGCAAAGACCGUUUCAGUUCAAGCUGGAAAAGAUUCGGGUAUUGUUCUUGCUACUACCAAGACUAACAGGCAAAAGAACCCAUCAGCUUUGGUACACAAAACUGUCAUGAAGAAGGAAUUCAGUAGAAUGGCUAAGGCUGUUGCCAACCAGGUUGCCGACAACUUCUACAGAAGGGACUUGAAGAGCGCAGCUCUUGCAAGGUUGAGCGCUGUUCACAGGAGUCUCAAGGUUGCCAAGUCUGGUGUUAAGAAGAGGAACAGGCAGACUUCCAAGAAAACCAACAAGGCUUGAAUAUGCAGUCGAUCUUCUCUUUUUGUUCUACAGACAUAACAAGGGUUUUGAGUAUGUUAGUGUUAAAGAUUUUGAAUAUUGAAUUUAGUUCUUCUCAUUUUCUGGUUAUCAAACUAUGGAUUGGAUAAUGUUGUCAGUCAAUGUUUUCUACUUAGUCAUGAAGGAUUACCUUUUGCCUAGUUUCUGUUUAAA